UUUCAUAACAUUUUGUAGGAACAUUUCUGAUUGAACUUACCUCAAUAAUGAGUAACAUAUAAAUUGUCACCAACGGGAGGUGCCGACGUUUGAAACAAAGUGCGACCUGGGUGUCAGUAUUAGUCUGUACACAUAACGUUGCAUUAAACGGAGUUUAAGAUGGCUACAGCUCUGGCCAACAGAGCGAUAGGAGCCAUUGUAGGAUCAACAGUUGCAGAUGCAGCAGCGCAGCCCCUCCACUGGGUGUACGACCUCCAGAAGCUACAGGGGAUUCUGGCUCAGCAUCCAAACCCUGAGUUCUGCUCUGAGUCAGCCAACCCUUUCUACAGGAGGCAGACCGGCCAGCAGAGCUGCUACGGUGACCAGGCCUUUGUUCUGCUGGAGUCCCUGUCUGAAUGUGGAGGUCUAAAUGUUGAUGAUCUGAAGCAGCGGACACUGAAAUUCUUUGGUCCUGGAUCAGAUUAUGACACGCCUGUCAAUGAUCCUUACAGAGACAGAGGAGGGCCAAGACCUCAGCUGCCCAUCGAGGGACCAUGGAGACAUGCAAGUUUGAAAGGCUUCCUGAAGAAUGUGGAUGCAGGCAAAGAGGAGACAGGCUGUGAGAACGACUGUCAGAUUGAUGGAAUAACCAAACUGGCUCCUGUAGUGGCUUUUUAUGCAGGAAAGCCUGACAUGCUGGAAAAAGUUGAGCAGGCAGUCCGUGUCACCCAGAACAAUGAUGAAUGUGUGGCAGAGACUCUAGCAGCUGCAAGGUUCCUGGAGCAUUUCAUCUUGAAUGGUCCUGAUCCAAAAGCCUUGGACGCGGUGCUCGACCAGCUCAGUGACCCGAACAGAAAGCAGCCCCAGGACCUGGACAAAGCAAUCAUUGGGCACAUUCACGAGGUGAAGAAGAAUCUAUCAAAGACUCCUCAGGAGCUAAUCCCCACUGUGUUUCCAAACACAUGAGGUUUGCCAGGUGCGUUCCAAGCAGCGCUACAUGGAGUCCUGACAGCCAAGCACUAUGAGCAGGCUGUCAGAGACACUAUGAGCUGUGGGGGAUGCACCUGUAGCAGAGGGUCCUUCAUCGGAGCCUGUCUUGGGGCUCAGAUUGGAUUUGAGGGAAUUCCAGCUUCCUGGACAUCCAAAACCCUGAGCUUUGACUCAGUGUUGGAGCAUGCCAAGAAGAUAACCAAACAACAUCAAUAGUUGUCCGGCAGUGGAAUGUGCGGUGGCUGAGGACAAAAUGAAAAACUGUUGAGCUUUCACAGAGCAGUUAAUGAAGGUUCUUGCCUAAACUGUUGGACGGCAGGAGCCAGAUGUUUUUGUGUCUGAUGAAGUUAAACAUGUUGGUUCAGAUGUUCAGUAGCUGAGUUCUCAUACAAUAAAAUAAUUCCGAAAAA